AGGGGUGAUGAAACCAGAACUAGAAAUUUCUAUGACCAAUGAGAACUCGACACGCGUUUGUUUUUCCUGUUAAUUUUUUGUUUUCAUUCUUUCAUUGCCCAACGAAAGUUUCGCCUCUCUGAAUUUGGGGUGGUUUUUGUCCAUUAUCUGUAGGACUUGGUAUUAUUUAUAAAUAUUUCGUUUAAUAAACAACGAAAUGCCACAGUUAAAGAAGUUAUCAACUUCUCCGAGCAAUAUUUUGCCGAAAAUAGAUUUAAAUCUGAAUUGCGGUAGUGACACCAAAUACCCACCAUCGUAUUUCACACUCCUAAUUGAAGAUGAGAAAUCUCUUACCAGUGAUCAAGAAAGUGAUGUAUCAGAUUCUGUACAAAACCGCCCUAGAAAAAGACAAAGACUGGAUCAUUUGUCUCAAGAAGAAAAAAUAAUGCGCAGGAAGUUAAAAAACAGAGUUGCUGCACAAACAGCUAGAGAUAGGAAAAAGGCUAGAAUGCAAGAACUUGAAGAACAAGUUUCACGUCUUGCAGCAGAAAAAAAAAUUUUAUUAAUGAAAACUGUAGAAAGUAUGAAAAGGAUCCAAACUUUGGAGCAAGAAAACUCAGAACUUAAGCUUCGUUUAGGCGUAGAUGUAAACACCACACAGAAGGUAAAAGUAGAGAAUAUUGAGAAAGAGCUAUCUUCCAGUGUGUUAGAAGACAACAGAUCCCUUGAGCAAGCCUCGCUCAUUAAUGGAACUCAGCUGAAGGGACAGGAUCUGCAGAUUCUUUCACUCUGGAUGAUGCAGUUCGUUUACUUGCCUGUAAUAGCGAGGGUGAUGACCUUCUUGAUUUGCUACAGCAGUGUGGGGAAGAUCUUAUGGAGUUUGACUUCAUUGACACUGACAGUGGAGAACAGCAGCAAGUCUUGUACACUGAGGAAGUGGUGGGGGCCCCAUCAAAAAGCUUGGAAUCCAACAAAGAACUGAUUCAUUUUGACCAUAUCUAUUCCAAGCAGGAAGACUCUGUCCUCGAGGACAGGAGUCUCUGCUUAUCCUUACCAGAAAGUGAAUUAUCCACAAAGGACAGCCAUAUUCCUCCUCCGUUACUGGUGGAUAGCAGCAUUCCUAUCAUUACCAUCCCAUCAGAAGAACCCUGUGACGACGUCAUAUCAUUCUCUUUCAACGACGAGCAUUUAUUAUCUCCUCCCACCAACGAACCCUGCUCUAGUCCUGCAUCAUCAUCGAGUGAUGCGGGAUACGAUUCUUCUUUCUCUGUACCUUCUCCUUGUGGGGAUGCUGGCAACCCGUGGGACGAUACGUUAACAGAGCUGUUUCCAUCUUUGGUUUGAGAUAGUUUUUUAUUGUUAUUAUUAUUUUUUUAAAUUAUUGAAGAUAGUCUACUUGUUGUAUAUAUUUAUUAUAUAUAUAUAUCUAUAUAUAUUGGUGCCUUUGUGAAUAAAAUCACUUUGCUGAGUCAA